AUGUCUCGUCUUAAUGACACAAACAUUGAAGUUCUUAGAUUCCUCCUUAUCGGGAUCCCUGGACUGGAGAAGAGUCACAUCUGGGUAUCUAUUCCUUUCUCAACAGUGUACCUUCUUUCUCUCCUGGGUAAUUUUACUGUCCUCUUCUUUAUCAAGACAGAGCCAAACCUCCAUGAACCCAUGUACUAUUUCCUUUUGAUGCUCUCUAUCUCUGACGUAGGGUUAUCCCUCUCUUCCUUACCCACCACUUUGGGACUAUUCCUGUUUGGUAUCAAUGAAAUUUGUGCAGCUGCUUGCUUUGCCCAGGAGUUUUUUAUCCAUCUAUUCACAGUCACCGAAGCCUCCGUGCUCUCUGUAAUGGCAUUUGACCGAUACAUGGCCAUCCACAACCCUCUGAGAUACAGCACGAUCUUAACCACCUCCAGAGUCAUCAAAACAGGGGUCUUAUUGACUUCCAAAAAUAUUAUUUUGAUCCUCCCACUGCCCUUUCUGUUGCAAUGGCUGACAUAUUGUCAUCAAAACCUCCUCUCACACUCCUACUGUCUCCACCAGGAUGUCAUGAAGCUGGCAUGCUCUGACAACAGAGUCAAUGUUGUCUAUGGACUCUGUGCUGCUCUUUCUACUAUUCUGGAUUCAUUGUUUAUUACUUUCUCCUACAUAAUGAUCUUAAAGAUGGUACUGGGCAUUGCAACUCCCAGAGAGCAGCUUAAGGCCCUCAACACCUGCAUCUCUCAUAUCUGUGCUGUGCUUCUCUUCUGUGUGCCCAUGUUGAGUGCAGCAAUGCUCCACCUUUUUGCCAGGGAUUUGUCUCCUAUGAUCCACAUCCUCAUGGCAGAUGUUUUCCUGCUGGUGCUACCCCUGAUAAACCCCAUUGUGCACUGUGUGAAGACCCAUCAAAUCUGA